CUUCUGGUUGCCAGGGGAACAGCGUCCCUGGAGGCAGGAGGGCUUUAGACGCACAGCUCCUUCCCCUUCCAGAAAAGCUGCGGUGACGGGAAAGAACCCUCCCCUUUGGGAGACAGGGGGUGACGCUGUCAGCUGGUGCGCUUCUGCGCCCGUCAAUGCUUUGCUGUCUGGUGACUGGCUCCCAGAGUUUCCGCCGCGAAGGAUAUCAAUGGAUAUUAUAAAGGGAAACUUAGAUGGAAUUUCAAAACCAGCCUCAAGUUCAAGAACGCAUCCUGGGAGCAGAGGUUCAAAUGCUUCUUUGGAAGUGCUCUCACCAGAACCAGCAUCCUUCAUGGUUGAUACUGCAAUCAAGUUGAACUCUGGUAUAAAGGGCCACUCUGAGAGGAGUAAUGCAGAGGAAAAUGGAAACAAUAAUGAUGAUAAAGGAGAAAAUGAUUCUGAGAAACCAAAAUUGGCUGAAGAAGGGUCAGAUGAAGAUCUGAACUUGGUUCAACAUCAGAUAAUCCCUGGAUGUGCAGAUGAACCUGAAUUAAAAGAAUUAGAUUCUCAACUUCAAGAUGCUAUUCAGAAGAUGAAGAGGCUUGAUAAAAUAUUGGUGAAGAAACAAUACAGAGAAAAAGAAAUUAAGAAGCAAGGUCUAGACCUGAGAAUAAAGCUGUGGGAAGAACUUAAGUCUGUAAAAACUAGUGAAGCUUUGCAAAGUAAUGAGGAGAUGGAAAAUACAAAAAAGUUUCUAGCUUUGACUGCUGCAUCAGAAGAAACUGUCGAUUCUUCUUGCUAUGAGCAUGAAGGCACCUUUUUCUCAGUGUUUCACACUCAGGUCCCUCCAGAAGAAUAUGAAAACCAUAAACAGAAUGUCAAUCAAGAUUUUACCUAUGAUGUGGAAGGAAAUGAGUCAUUGAUCAGAGCAGAAAAGAAACCUUUCUCAAAUACAGAAAAGAUUAAGCUCAGGGGUAAACACAGCCAGGAUUUUAUUAAACGAAACAUUGAGUUGGCUAAGGAUUCAGGAAUGCCAGUGCUUAUGAUUGACAGAGAGAAGAAAAGGCUGACUGAACUUUUGAAGGACUUAGAUGACAAAGAUUCGGGGCUGUCCAGUCCUGAGGGCGAACAGUCUGGCUGGCUGGUCCCAGGAGAAGGAUACACAUUUGCAGUCACCCAGCACCAGCAGCUUGCCGAAAUCGACACAAAGCUCCAGGAACUUUCUGCAGCCUCACCAACAGCUUCCGACUUUUCUCCAAGACAUGGAAACCACAGCGAUCAGGAACCUGACCUUAAUGAUGAUGAUAAAAAUAUGGAAAUAACUCCAGGAGAAAAGGUACUUCGGAACACCAAAGAGCAACGGGAUCAGCAAAACCGGCUGAGAGAGAUAGAUGACAAACUGAGAAAGAUGAAGGAAAAUGUGUUAGAUUCAACAUCACCUCUCUCUGAGGAACGGUUAAAGUGUCUUCUGGAUGAAUGCACACUCAGACAAAAAUCCAUGAUUAGACUUUCUUCAGAAAGAGAAAAGGAAGACGUAGAGGAUUCAACAGCCCAGUCCCCCCAUCUUUCCAGAUCUGUCCUCUCUGAGCUACUAAAUGGGUCAGAAACAAAAGUCACAAGCACAGAGGUAAAAGAUGCAAAUAUGUCUGAAAAUGCAGAAUGUGAAACAUGUACAGGUUACUAUCUCACCAAAGCCUUGACUGGGCAUUACAUGUCUCAAGCACUUGUCAUCGAAGCAGAGAAUUUGAGAUGCCUCCAAUUUCCCAAGGACAAGGUUAUUAGUGACACAAAGGACUAUUUUAUGUCGAAGACUAUUGGCAUUGGGAGACUGAAAAGGCCCUCUUUCUUGGAUGAUCCACUGUAUGACAUCAAUGUGAGCCUUUCAUCUGAAGACCAUCGUCUGGAAGUCAGCUCUCCAGAGAAACCAAAAAUGGAUGAAGAGGAGACUGAAGAUGUGACAGAAGAAUGGAAAGAAUCUUGAGCGAUGACUUUCUGGGCGUGCUUGCUUUGAAGGAAGUUGGAAUGGAGUUUACCCACACCUCAUAACAAAGCCAGUAGAGAACAAAUAAACAUGGAUACA